CAAAAACAAAGACGGGAAAAUGUCAAAACAGUAUGGCCUCAUCAUACCCGGGCAACAGAAGACGGCCCCCGUCAGGACGCCGGCUACUUCGAAACCAGCCAUUUUCGAUGAAAGCAGCGCCUCCGAGAGCGACGACGACCCGAAGGCCCCGCAGCUGAAGCCGAAGGGUCCCAGCGUCUCCAGCGGCCCCAGCCUGAUGGAGCGGCGCGUGGCUCGCCGACAGCAGGAGAAGGCGCUGGCCGAGGACCCCACCAUCUUCCAGUAUGACGAGCUCUACGACGAAAUGGACCGCGGUCGCGAGGAGGCCAAGCAGACCAAGAGCCAGGAGCCGCGCAAGCCCAAGUACAUCGGCCGGCUGAUGGAGCACGCCGAGCGGAGGAAGCUGGAGAAGGAGCUGCGCAUAGAGCGGCAGGUGCAGAAGGACCGCGAGGCCGAGGGCGAGAAGUUCAAGGACAAGGACACCUACGUGACCGCCGCCUACCGCAAGAAGCUCGAGUCCAUCCGCCUGCUGCAGGAGCAGGAGCAGCGCGACGACUAUCUCGAGGCCAUUGGCGAUGUUACCAAGCAGAAGGAUCUGGACGGCUUCUAUCGACACCUCUAUGAGCAAAAGCUGGGCACCGCCACCGCCGAUGGGGAUGUGAUGAAGCCCAAAACUGCUCCCUCCACUGAGGAGGUUUCGUACAAGCCCAUCAAGGCGGAGGCCCCAAAGCAUAGGAGCUACCGGCAACGCCGCUCCUCCGAGGAGGAAGAACCCAAAGCGACGUCGGGAGAGGGUCCCGCAACCGAAGAUCACGCUGAGGCCAAGCCAGCCCAGGCUCAUUUGGCCAACAAUAUAGAUGCCGACUCUGACUUCAGUAUAGAUGACUCCAGCGACGACGAGGAGCAGGAGAAGGCUGAAAAGGCGAAGGAUAAGCCGCGGUCUCAGGGGGAAAAGGAGAAGCCGCAGGCCAACGGAACAAACAGCAAAGACGAGGAACCAGCAGGACCAGCAGUGAAGGAAAGCCGCAAGCAAGGGAAGAAGGCCAAUGGCAAAACCCAUAAGGAUAAGGAUGUGGAUGGGGAUGCGGAUGAGGAUGCAGGUACCGAUACCGAUGCCGGCAGCGAGCAGAAUGAGGUGGACCUGCCCGUGCCGACAGUCACCAAGCCGCCCGUUGACCGCACGCUCGUCUGGCGCAAAAGGACCGUGGGCGAGGUCUUCGAGGCGGCACUGGCUCGAUAUCAGGAACGUAAGCGGGCACGCCAGGGCUAAAACGCAUCCAAUUAAAGUUCGAGUAGAUGGAAGAGCAAACAACUGAUUUCUGUAUUGUCUCCUUAUUAUGCUAAUUUCAAUUUGUCUCCCCGCCGCCGAAGCCGCAGCUCAUAAAUUAUUUAUGUGUGUGCCGACGCUCUCAGCGAAACCCUUUUGGUGCAAAUAUUUUGCAUAAGUUGCAACAGAGGAGUCGAGUCGAGUUCCCGUUCCCCGCUCUGCCCAAGUUUUGUCUCUAAGCAGGGAAAAAAAGAAAACAAGAAAAUGAAAAUGAAAAGUACAAGCCAUGACGGAUGGGAACCGCAGGAAAAGUGGGGGGGCCAAGCGCGCUGAAGGAUGAGGAAGUGCCUGGAGAAGCAGAACGCGAAGAUAUUCCAUUUAUUUUCUAUGACGACGACACGACGACAAGUAGAGAGCCAAAAAAGAAACUAGAGCAUACGGUUAGCUGGAAGGAACGAAGAACAGGAUACCCCAUACACAAUGGGUUUCCAAGUUCUGGCUCUAGAAAUGAUUUCUUUGAAAUUCCGUCAUUUUUAUAAAUUGUUAACCUGAUCAACUUAGCAAGAAAUACUUAUUCCAAGUCUCCCUUACAAUUUAAGUUAUACCCUUAAAGCCAUUAAAGUCCUGAUAUCUAAA